AAAAAAACACAUGAUGGAUGUGGCGCUGUGCCUCCUCUCGGUGUUGGCAGUGAUCUUGAGCCGCAAUGGCUGCCGUGGCCAGCCAGAUCUAGAGGAGGAUAUCGAGCCACACGAGUACAGCUCUGAUCUCUGCCCCUACCCAUACAGAGGAGCCCAGCUGCCUGAGGGCUGGACGGCGUGCAAGUGGCUGGAUGGGCUGGGGGAGCCACGAGGGCUGGAGAUGGGCCUGGUGGAGACCAACAAUGACCUGCUGAUCAUCGACCGCAUUGGCAUCACAAUGCCCAAGAUGGAGGCACGGAUCCUUGUGGCGGCCGAUGACGAUGCGUCUGGGGUAAACACCGGAAGGUGGCUGGUAUAUCCCUUCAUGAUAUUAUUGCGGAUGUUUGCAGGCCAUUGAUGCUGAGGGAGAGUUGGUGGAAUUAUGGAGAGGGGAUAUACCACUCAACCACGGUAGCCAGAUGGAAUAAUGGGACCCGCUGAUUCAUGAAUGGCGGUGAAUAUAGGCAUCGCUGUGUUCGGCGGUUUUCUCUUCGCGACCACUGAUCGCACCUGCUACCGGUGAAAACACACGUACACUGAAUGGAGUUUUGUGUGAGUAUGUCGCCUGGUGCAGGUGGCCGUACACACCCGGGCAGCGAACUCCUCUGGAUGACAGCGAGCGUGUGGUGGUGGUGCGGAAUAUCAACAAGGACGGAACAGGAGGAGCCAAAAGGGGACACACCACCAGGUAAUUGACAGAAAGACAGACAGAUGACCCCCUUUCCCCACCAACUGUUUUCGUCCGCUGUGCUGCAGGACACUCCUGUUCGGUCCCGAUGGUGAGCUCUACAUCAGUGUUGGCUCGUACGGCAACGCCGACCCCGAUAGCCACAGAGCUCGAGUGCUGCUGUAAGCGAAGUCAACGAGACACAUGCAAAGACUGCAAAGGACACCGCGCGGAUCUCAGGUGUCGCGACGUGACGUUGCCUUCGGAGGAGCUGCCUCGCGGGGGACAUGACUUCCAGGAAUGUGAAGUCUAUGCGGUGAGUGCCACACAUCCGGUCCUCUCUAAACUACACGGCACACCUGGCUCCUCUUUUUUCAUUGCAGGAUGGCCUGCGCAAUGCUGUGGGCCUCGCGUGGGACCCGAUGGGUAGGCCUUCCUUUAUCGUCCGCUCACGAACAUCCGUCAUGUCUCGGUCUGUGACUCUGUGUCUGUGCAGGUGUGUUGUGGGAGGCUGAUAAUGGGCCGGACGAGCUGUGCCGCCCCGACCUCGGAGGGCUCAUAUGGGAAGACAACCCCGCAGAAGAAAUCAAUAAACUCGACAAACCGGCGGCGUAAGGAAGAUCGACCGAUGCCGAGACACAGCAUACGACGGGCGUGUGUGAGUCCUCUGUGUGUGGUCCAGCCAUUACGGGUACCCGAUGUGCUUCACAGAGGGGAAGUUGCCAGAAGGCUGGGGGCUCGGCGAGGGCACACAGUGGUAUGUGACCACAAGAAAGAAGAAACCAUGUCAUUCUACUGUUCUGCCUCAGGGCAUGGACGAGUUUUCACCAGAAAUAUGGUGGUGAGUACGAUGAUGACUACUGCCGCAACCCCACCAAAAACGUGCCGCCGGCAUUCAACAUGCAGGCGAGUCACGCGUUCCUGCAUCCCUCUCCUUAUAUCCAUCUCAUACGGCUCGUGUCUCUCUGUUGUUCAGGCGCAUACGGCUCCUUUGGGCAUCGAGUUCUUUGGCGCGCGAUACAGCGACACGCCCUGCUACAACGGCACCACAACUCAGCCCGAGAGCCGUUCUGCUGUCCCUGGGGGCAGCAAUGCCACCAACGCCACGGUCCGCCCCUCUUUCGCUGAGCGCGUCAAGGCUCGCACUGGGGACGAGGCGCUCAUGCCGCUCCCAUGCUCAAUGUUCGGAGACAUCUUCGUGCCUCGACAUGGUGAGCAAGGAAUGUAUAGAACAUAUUCGACUGUUUCUGUCUUGCGCUAGGCUCCUGGAAUCGACAAGAGGCCGUUGGUUUCGAUGUCUUGCACAUAUCCAUGAAGUACGGCAUGCCGACUGGCGAAUCCCAAGUCAUCCUCCAGCACAGCCGUAAGCCGUCUUGACGUAUAUGGACAGUCCAUUCAUUGGCCGCCUCUCCUUGUGUAUCUGUCUGUGUGUGUCCCAUGAAGCGUAUAUGGCCAUGUGGAAGAACCAAAUGAGACCCGUCGACGCACUUUUCGAUCACAAAGUCAGCCAAGGCCCACAUAUAUAAUACUCUCCAUCCCCGUGUGUACGAUGUGUCCACUCUCAGGGACGUCUGUUGGUAUCGUCGGACACGAGCGGCGAGAUCAUUAUGAUAGGCAUCAACGGCAUCCAGCAGCUGACGGGACGUCCCAUGGACGUCGAGGGCCCUCUGUGCCAGCCAGAAGAACGGCCGGAGCAGGACAAAGGGGACGGCGCCGCAAGACGCCUGCGGUGACGGCGUCAUGGCACAGACAUGUGCAGCUUUCUCGAACUUUUUGGAGAAUGUGGCUGGUAGCGUGUGUGUGUUCCGCCUGUGUGAGGCGCAUCCGCAGUGUAGUGUGCACAGCCCCAUUCCCAGCGACUUCUUGUGACCCUAGAUGUCGAUAAUAUGCGUGUGGUGUGACGUGAAAUUUAUAAUGUGUUGUGCUCCUGUCAUCUGCGGUGACCUCAUGCUGCCUGUGUGAUGUCAAGUGUGGCUGGUGUUUUUCAAUGGACAAGGCAGUGCAGUGCGGGCCACUGUGUGUAUCAGACUGAUCGAUCAUCUCAUGGAGCAAGCGCUCGCUCUUGAAUCAAUGGCGUCUCCCGAG